AUGGCUCGAGCUUUACAUAUCAAUGAUUCAUUAAAGUGUCCAAUAACACAUGAACUUGUAGGUAAUCCUGUGCUAGCUGAAGAUGGUUAUACGUAUGAAAGAGACGCCAUUAUUGAAUGGAUACAACGAGAUGGUACAAGUCCAAUGACUCGCCAACCAUUGAGCAUUGAUAGAUUACAGCCGAAUCGUGCAGUUCGAGCACUAGUUGACGAUAUAAAGGCUGAUAACAAAUGCGCUGUAACAUACAGUACAAUGUCCUCUGGAAUUUCGGACCCUCCAGGACCCUUGAUGACAGUUUCUUUUAAAAAAGCCGCUUUAGACAGUAAAAGUUUUACUAACGUACCGAAAAUACGAGCUGUUUAA